AUGAGUAGCACGUCAUUUGACGGUCACGAUGGACGCUUCGUAGCUGGAGAACAAUUUUACAAUCACGAAAUGUACGGCAGUCUACGCAAAGGUGGAGCUGUGGAUUUCUUGUCAAUUGAGUGUCUUGGUCUCGUAGCUGCGACGUUUACGUCUUUGCUGUCGUAUGAGGGGCUCAUCGCAUUAGUGCGACCUAUGUACAACACGCAAUUGGGUCUUACGACAUUAGAAAUCGUCGCAGUCGAGCGGCUGAUUCAAAUGCCCAUGGCAUUAAGUUUUGUCAUCGGUCUACUGUCCGACUGCUAUCCAAUUAAGGGGGUACGUCGUAAGGGGUACACAAUCAUUGGCUGCAUUAUAAACGCUGUUGCAGUCUUCUCCAUCGCUGCUAUAAGUGCCUCAUUAAAUGAUGACUCGGUUGCAAGCAACGAAAUUGUAGUACUCACUCUGUUACUUGUUGCAUUGGCCAGUAUUGGCUGCAUUAUGACCUACGUUUGUGUCCAAACGCGCGUAAUGGAAUAUUCACAACGUGAAUCUUUACGUGAUCGUGGUGCCAUUCAAGUGUCGUACUUGGUUUUUCGUCGUUUUGUAUCGAUUUUUACAUCCGUGCUCUUAUAUCUGGCUUUAGGCCCUAAUUCCAAAUUGGGGAUCUCGAUUUCCACGGCCAUGAUCAUUUUAGGCGUGAUCUCGAUCCUACCACUUCCAUUAAUUUUUCGAUACUGGACUGAAGAAGUGUAUUUGCUUAAGAUAUCAGUGAGAAGUCGCAGUCUGAUUUUAUGGAAAAUCAUGCAGCAAAAAGCUGUAUGGCGUAUUCUAGCAUUUAUCUGCUUCUUUACCCUUUUUUUAGGGAUUGAGUUUAGAGACUCGAUAAAUGUCAUUAGAGAAUGGGCAAAGGCUAAUGGUGACAACUCACUGCUUAUCGCAGUAAUUCGAGACGUUGUCAUGAUUGGAGUUUUAUUAUUAUGGCGCUAUGUGUUUCUUAAUCGACUGUGGCCAGUUUUCUUUGCUUUAGCACCAGCAUUUUUGAUCCUACCCAACCUUCUUUUAUCUCUAAUGGUGGCGCUUGAUGUGGCACGCAAUCGCUACUUUUAUCGUGUCUUCAAUUCUCUCACGUAUGUUGCUGAUGGUAUUGGUCUAUUGGCUUUCAUCGUUCCAGUUACAGAAAUUGUGCAGGAGGGUUCCGAAGGUGCUCUAGUUGGACUUGUAUUUACGCUACAGCGUUGCGUCAAUAUAUUUAUCGACACAAAUGCUGAAGGUUUGUUUCAAGGGUCCAAUUUUUUCAAAGCGAGUGAAGUGGCUGCUGAUACGUCAGCUGCACGCUGGGACGUAUUACUAUCGUUGUUUCUGAGUUUUGCACUUAAUGCUUUAGCGUGGGCUGGACUAUUCUUUCUACCCUCGCAAAAACUCGAUGCACAGCAAUUGCGCAUGUAUGGAGGCUUUACAAAGAUCGCUGGUGGCGCAAUUCUCGCUGUUUGUCUUGUGCUCUUUACUUACUCCUUCGUCAUUACGUUGAUGUCGCUCAUUUCGUCCACAUCAUGUUUGAAACUUGUUGGUGGCUCUGGCUGUUGA